UGAACUAUCCCUUUAAGGGCGCAGAAAAUGUGGUUGUAGACUUUGGUUUCUGUUGGUACGGUUUGUAAUUCGUGUCAUAAAACACUGAGGGUGAAAUUACAGCAGUCAUAUUCACACGCUUGUCUGCAGAGUCUCAAAGUUAACUUUAAAUUCCAUCUGGAAAGAUCAGAGUACAUUCAAAAUGAGUUUCCAGGUCUGUUUUUUAGAUAGACGAAAGGGGACUAAAAUAAAAGUUUCUGUUGCGAACUCUGAGGAGGAAUUCAAGAACACUACAGUUGAAGAAUUAAAAAGAAAACUCUUGUCUGAAGACAGCAGAUAUAAAGUCUGUGAACUUUACUGCAAUGACAAGCGUCUGUUUCAUGAUCGUACACUUGGCUCUCAUGGCAUUAAACACAAUGAUGUUAUUAUGAUUGCACCACCGAUGCUUCCACAAUGUCUCUCAUCUGAAGAUGAACGUGAAGGUGAAUUCAUAUUCAGGACAGAAUCUAUGGAGAAAUUAACUCUGAAUAUGUAAAUAUGUAAAUGCUUAAAGCUGUUAAAAAGCUUAAAGCAUGAUGAUGUAUAAAUUAGUUCAGUGCAUCAUUAAUGAAACCGCUUCACAUGAUCCACAGAGAAUUCUAAAAGCAUUCAUACUGAGUGUUGAUCAGAUAAAGUGUCAUAUCAGUCUAAUUUACUUCAUUCAACUCAAUAUUAAACAGUGUGUGAUGGA